UCCUCUGUGACCUGUGUCAGAGCCGGAGCGGGGGCGCGCACCGCCCAGAGCCCUGGAUUGGCUGGGUAGUCGGGGACGCGCUCGGCUUGCGCUUGGCAGUUAGUUAUUUGGGAAGAACGAGGAGUAAGAAGAAGGAGUAGGAGCCCGCGGGAGGAGGGAAAAAAGUGAUGGCGGUACGGUGAAGAGUGGCGUAAGAAGCCCUCAUUAGCACUAAGUAUACUCUCCUCCCUUCCCCCGUAGUCCCGGUUGGAUUAUUCCUUGGCUUCGUUUCACUACUCGGGACGGAUCCAACGCACGCUUUCCGGCGGGGGGGACAGCAGGAGUUCAGCAGAUGGUUGUCUUGUGGUGAUGAAAUUAGACAGACAGCUGAGUGCAGGGGGAGUGAUUCACUGCUUGGGAUUUCCCAUGAACCCAGCGCUGCAUUCAUUCCUAUGAUCCUUACUGUCCAUGUGGAAAGGGGAGUGACACUCUUCAUUUUCUCAAGCGGACCAAUUUCUUGACCAAAAAAAAAAAAAAAAAAAAAAAAAAAUGAUGAAAACGGAAGGCAAAGGAGAGAGGACCCUCAGGAGCGCGUCUCCUCACAGGAACGCAUACAAGUCAGAUUUUCAUGCCAUCAAAUGUUCAUUUGAUGGGGUCAAACCAGAAAUCUCUCCUAAGCCUACGUCUUUGAAGUUGAAUGCUAAUGGAGCACAAGGGGAUCUUAACCGAGGCCGAGCCUCGUAUGGUAAUCGGGUACAUAAGAUUAAGAAUAUGUUCAUGCAGAUGAGCUCAUCUCCUCCUGAUCCUGUGGAAAGCAAACUUAUAAAGCCCGAGAUUUCUCCUCCACCGACAAACACUUCCGUAAGUGUGCAAAAGAACAAUGCCUUAAACAUCAGUCCCGAUCCGCCAUGUUUAGAUAAAGUGGCUAAGACAGGUGAAGAAGUAGACUUGGACAAAGUAGCCUUGGCAGAGAAAUUUUCGGAAACUAGGAAGCUGUUUGAGAGAAAUCUAAAUCGCCAGGCUACUGUUGACAAGUCUUCUCCAACCAAGGAGGACAAGGUGACAAGGCUUGAUCAGAGACAAGGGUCUCUUGAAGUGGAAUGGGCCUCUUGGGAUCAGAGCCCAAACAAUGCUUCUACCAAGUCCUCCUCAUCUACAUCAUCUGAGAACCAUCAGAUUGGCAGCCACAGGGCAACAUCUUCAUCAUCGUCGUCUUCCUCCUUAAAUGCAGGACCUAUAAGCAGGAGAUUGGAAAGUUUUCUUGCUGACAGUGACGGAGAGGAACCUAAAGACUUAUCCAAGACUAAUGAAAUUGUAAUAGAGUCCAGUCAUGCUGCUGCGUCUUCUUCUUCUGUGACUAUAAACCAUUCUGAUGCCUUGUCAGAUAAAGGACUAAAUAAUAAUGGGACCAAAAACAGAACUGCUCAGGAUCAAAAGGUAGAGGAGGACCUGAGCUUAGCUGAUAUUCAGGCUCCAAAAAAUGCUUUAAUCAAAGAUGAAUCUGUUUCUCUUCAAAAAAACAAUACUCUUCCAGGUACGAAAGAGAAUGGUUCAGAGACUCCUGUACUGGAAAAAAGUCAGACUGAGAUGGUGCGAGCGGAGCUUGUGGUCUUACAAAAUGAGUCUUCUGAGAGUGAAGAAGACGCAAUCUUAAAAGAUGAUGUAUUUGAGGAUAUAAAGCCACUUGGUCCAAAGCCAUGCCUAAAUGACAGUCUCCAGAUUGCAGAGCGAAAGGUCAAGGAGGUACGGAAAAGUUCUGCAGAAGAUGUGACCAUAACCUGUACGGAGGUUGGCAGCCAACCGGUAGAUGAUGCCACAGAAGAGGCGGACAGCGACGACGAGGACGGAAGUGAGUUUGAAGAGCAGACGGAUAACAACAAAAAUGUAAUACGAUAUCCUACUGAAGCUCAUGGUAUCGAAAAUGCAGCCUUCGAUGAUGAUAGAGACACGGAUGGAGAACAUCCUCCAGCCAUAAAUGAAACCUUCACAGUAAAUGAAGAUGCGGAUUAUGAUUUAAGUAGUGAUUAUGAGGAAGUACCCGGCCUCUCGGAGGAAGAAGACUUCAUAGCUGCAAGGAAAGUCAAGUUUUCCACAGCUCCUAUAAAGGUAUUCUCCACAUUUUCCAAUGAAGACUAUGACCGACGUAAUGAAGAGGUGGACCCGGUUGCUGCUUCUGCGGAGUAUGAAUUGGAAAAAAGAGUGGAGAAGAUGGAUGUCUUCCCUGUCGAAAUUGAAAAAGGUGACAGUGGCCUCGGAAUCAGCAUCAUUGGUAUGGGGGUUGGUGCGGACCAGGGCUUGGAAAAGCUGGGAAUAUUUGUGAAAACUAUAACAGAGGGAGGAGCCGCUCAGCGGGACGGGCGAAUUCAAGUAAAUGACCAAAUUGUGGAGGUGGAUGGUACAAGCCUAGUUGGUGUCACGCAACUUUUUGCAGCUACGGUACUCAAAAACACCAAAGGUACAGUCAGGUUCCUUAUUGGGAGAGAGAAACCAGGAUCCCAGAGUGAGGUGGCCCGGCUGAUCAGCGAGACCCUGGAGCAGGAGAGAUGUCAGCAGCAGAUGUAUGACCAGCAGUACUCGGAGGGCAGCACUGGACAGGAAGAAGAUUUUGAUGAGGAUGAUGAGGAUAAUCUAGAGUCACAUCUACAUGGAAACUCCGUUGAAGUAUUCGAGUUGUCAGAAAGUGAUGACAUGAACUUCCCUUCAGAUAUGGAUGCGUCUCAGCUGGCUCUCAAGUUUAAAGAGCUCCAGCUGAAGCAUGCUGUCACCAAUGCUGAAGUCAAUCAGCUGAAAGACAGGAUCAAAGCUACAGAGAAUGAGAAGAUGGAUUGGGAAACCAACCGUCUGAAAUAUCAACAGUCUGUAGAGGAAAACAAGGAAAAGGUUAAGAAGUUGGAGACCUACUGGCUGGAGGCUCAAGCGCUGUGUAAGACGGUCAAUGAACAUCUGAAAGAAACGCAGGAACAGUACGAUACCCUGGAGAAGAAAUAUACCAAGGCCAAGAAGUUACUGAAGGAUUUUCAGUUGAAGGAAAUAGAAUUUGAAAAGAAAGAAAUGGAACACAAGGAGCUUUUAAAAGAAAAGGACCGACAACAUACUGAACAAUUGAAUCUUCUACAUGCAAGGAUUACAGAUCUCGAGAGCAAACUUGCUGCAUAUGAACAAAAACGCCAAGUGAUCCCAAACAAUAAACAUGAAAUUGAGGAAUCUGUGCAACACACUGCGACAUCUCCUGCAGAGGCUACAGCUGAACUGGAACCAGAAGAAUCUACCCUAGAGCCUUCUGUAUUUGAUUUUGAUGCGUGCGUGGGAGAGAUCCAGCGUUUGGACACCAGCGCCCACAGAGCCAAAGCACAGCUUGCUCUUAAAGUGAAACGACAGCGACCAUCGAGGAACAAACUAAAGGAGCAAACUGUCGGCAGGGAACAAAAACUGUGUCCUGAGACCACACAGGAAGAAGAAGCAGAGGAAAGCCUACAAUCUGAAGCUGCGAGCCCUUGUGAGAAAACAGACGAUUCAGAGGACCAGCUUUGUUCCCAGGAUGAAGAUCAAAGGAUUGAAAAGUCUCGAGCGGCAGAAAGUUUAGGUAGUCUCCUGGAGUCAGACCCCUCCAUUACCACUUCCUCAUCCCCAGCCCACAGGACUAACACUGACACCAUUCUAACCUCCAGUCAGUCUCCCACUGGGGAAGGGCUAGCUCAGAGUUCCUCAGGAGGAUAUAUUAGGAAUACCAAGCUGAGAGAAUCUAAAGGCAAAGGCAAAGUCGCCAAAGAUGACAAGAAAAGCGAUGACAAAGCUGCAGAACCAAGUGAAAGCACAGGAAAGCACAAAAGAAGAUUCCCUGAUUUUGGGGGACUGAGAAAGUCUGGAGGAAAAGGCAAAAAGCAAGACCGGGAGAAUCCGCGGGGAUCUUUGGAUAGUCGUGGCUCUAGAGACCUACUAGAUGAAGCUGGAAACCAGUCCCUGUCUGAUUCAGACUCUCCCGUUCCCACAUGCAUGCCCUUUUCUUGGUUUGGGGAGAGUCACAAAGAAUCUGCUUACAGCGGCAGCCUGUCCUUCCCCUCCUCCGACCCUCUUGAUGAGCAGGAGAGGGCCCGACUCAAGAGUAGAGUUUACAUAGAUGAUUCAUACAGUUACAGCCAUUGCUCUGAUCUAUCAGGGUUGGUGGCAGAGCCCUCCCUAUCGGGACGCUCACACACUUUCACCUUCUCGUCCAACGAGGCUUUAGACGAUGACAUCACCCCGACCGGGAAACAAAACCAAUGGCAUAGCCGGCCGGUAUCUGACUGGAGCACCCAACAAGUGUGUCACUGGUUAAUGGGAAUGAACAUGGAGCAAUACAUCGAGGAGUUCACAGCCAAGAAUGUAAAUGGUCAGCAGUUAAUGCUUCUGGACAGUGAUCGAUUGAAGGCACUGGGUGUCUCGAGCCAGACAGACCGAGCCACGAUCAAGAAGAAAAUCAAGGAAAUUAAAAAAGCACAAGAGAAACUGGAAAAACAAAAGGAAAAAGGUUCAAAGAAAGAAGGUCAGAGGAGGAGUGGUGGCAGCGGCGGCAGCGGCGGUAAAGUGGUCGCCACUGUAGAAUCAAGCUGCUAAGAUACUACAACGCAAUUCUUUUUCAAUCCACAUGUUGUAUAUGUAUAUAUCUGUACAAUUAGCAGAUCUUUAACAUAAGUAGAUCAUCUAACUGCUCAUAGGGUCGUCUUCUGGCGCGUCACCCGAGGAUCGUGAUUUUUAUCUAGCAUUUUUAUUUAAAAAAAAGAAGAAAAAAAAAGAAUAGAUACUAUAUUUGUACUGAUUUCUCGAACUUGUAAUUUUUAAGUGUCUGAGGAUGUGGAUAUUUUAGAGAUAAUCUUUAUUUUCUCCUUUCCCUGAAACAACCACUUUAAUUAAUAUA